AUGCUUUUCCUUAUGGGGACUCCCUUGCCUAGGAAGUUGCUCAUCUUGCUGCUGUGCGCCCUGCUCCGGGUCUUGCUCUUCAUCAUGCUGCUCUCCAGCUCACUGGCCUCCUCCUCCUCCUCCUGCCCCAGGGGCUGCCACUGCUCGGAGCGCUCUGGCGGCCUGACCGUGGUGCAGUGCACGGCGCGCAACCUGGACAGCGUGCCGCAGGACUUGCCGCGCGACACCGUGGCUCUCCUCCUCUCCUCCAACCUCAUCCGCCACAUCCCCAGCCAGGCCUUCCGGAACCUCCCGCGCCUGCAGGAGCUGGACCUGUCGCGCAACCGCAUCGAGACGGUGGACGCCGGCGCCUUCCAGGGCGUGACGGACAGCCUGCGUGCCCUGGACCUCUCCAACAACCUGCUCCAGAGCGUGCCCAAGGAGGCCUUCGCCCGGCUGCAUGCCAAGGUGCGGCUAUCGGACAACCCGUGGCACUGCGAGUGCGCGCUACAGGAGGUGCUGCGCGAGCUCCAGCUGGACCCGGAGACAGUGAACGAGGUGAGCUGCCACACCUCCUCGCUGGCGGGGGAGCACGCCGGCAAGCCGCUCAUCCAGGUGCUGGACGCCGGCGUCAACUUCUGCAACUUCCACCACAAGACCACCGACGUGGCCAUGUUCGUCACCAUGUUCGGCUGGUUCGCCAUGGUCAUCUCCUACGUCAUCUACUAUGUGCGGCACAACCAGGAGGACGCCCGCCGGCACCUGGAGUACCUCAAGUCGCUGCCCAGCAGCUCGCACAUCAGCAAGGACUUUGACACCAUCAGCACAGUGCUAUAA